AUGCGGCCUCCAAUGCUGCUGCUGCUGCUGUUGCUGCCAGUGCUACUGCCCGCUGCAAGCGAGGCUGCCAGAAGCAUCAUGGACCUCCGCGGCGGGGGCAACAGCCGCGAGUGCGACCCGCUUACGUUUCCGUACAAAACUCUCUUCUAUGACAACCCGUCGGACUGUCGCAACUACGUCCUGUUUGAUGUGGACGCGGGCUGCAUGCCGGACUGGCGCCGCGCUAAGGAGGUCUGCGACAGCUCGGACAUGGAACUGGCGCCAGCCGGGGAGGAGUCGUCCCUGGACCCCUCCUCCGACCUGUGCUACCUGAUGAGCCAGGAGGGAGACGUGCACCUGCAGGGCUGCGACCAGCCCGUCCGCUUCGUGUGCCGGAGCCGCUACGCUGGUGGUGAUGACCCCAACGUGCUGACACACGAGGAUGAGACCGGCUCGCAGUACCGCUUGUAUGGGAUGGAUGCAAAGCAGGCUACGACGUACGACGGCGCAGCGGCCUUCUGCACCGGUCUGGGCGCCGGUUGGGACCUGGUGCCGUACGGGGAUGACGUUGGGUACCAUGCCGUACAGCGUCUUUGCUCGGCCCGUUUGUUCACCUGCUGGCUAAAGCGCGCGAACGGUUUCCCGUACUGCCCGCUCAUGGCCGCGGACGGGACCUUGCAAAUGCAGGGCUGCGACCAGCUCGUGAGGUUUGUGUGCCGCCGCCCAAGGCAGAUUGCCUAA